AUGCGCUACAAGGUGCUGCGCUGCGCCUGCAAGCACUGCACGGACGUAGUUCCCUACCUGGUCUGCCCGUGGCGGCUGAAGCUGCACGUCUGCCAGGAGACCGACGUUGUCGACAUGCACGAGCUGGGCGAGCACCAUUCGCGCGCUCGAACGCCGUCCAAGUCGUGCAUCACGCCGCAGCAGCGCGACUUCAUCAAGGAGAUGGCCCGUGAAAACCUGAUGCCGCUACGCAUCCGACACGCUUUGGGACGCAAGUUUGGUCUCCGUCCUGCCGCGCUACCUAGCCUGCGCUCAGUGCAAAACAUUGUGCACCACUUUCGUCGAUCGCGGCUGGGCGGCAACGACAAGCGCAAGUCGAUUGUGGAGGCGGUGCGGGCCUCCGCAUUUAGUGGACGUGAAGGCGACCACGACGCCUUUACGUUCACUAAUGCCGUCGGUUACCCGGUGCUUGUCUGCGGCAUCACCGACGCCACCAGAGCCUUCCACCUGGUGGCGCUCUUCAUCACGUCGCAGCUCCAGUACGAGCACUUUGAAGCCGCGCUCGUUGCGUUGCGCCGCGUGUAUGCUCGGGUCAACGGCGCCGAGUGGCAGGUGAAAUUCGUUCUUGGAGACGCAGACAAGGCACAACACAAAGCCUUCCGCAGUGUCUUCGCCGACUGCUCAUUUACGUACCUCAUGUGCUUCUACCACGUAGUGGCAAAGCUGCGCGAGAGGACUCGCGGAUUGAGCUCGGAGCUCUCUACAUUAGUGUACAAGGGCGUCUACGACUUGCACUUCACGCAGAGCAAGAGCGAGUACGUGGACCAGAAGGCGACCAUGCUUAAGGAGUGGGCUGGGCACGCAGACCUCGCCGCCUUCGCCACGUACAUGAAGUCCCAGUAA